AUGGAGCGCAAACUCCGCCAAGACGAUCAGCGCCUAUCUCGAUACUAUGAGACAGGCGAAUUUCAUGCUGGGGAACGUGGAAAACGUGUUGUGUUUUCAUGGGCUAAAAUUAUCGGACAGUACGUAUUUUGGUUCGGCUCAUUCUAUGUUCAAUACCAGGUUUAUUCAUGGCUCUGCAAGCAGAUCUUCAUGAUUUUGGCAGCUCCGUUCAUGUGA